AACAAAGCCUGGCGUAUGAAAAGAAAACUUUCAACAUUAAAAGAAUCUCAAGCAUUUGUAGAGAAAUUUGAAGGUGCUCUGGGGAAGGGGAAAGGUAGAAAGUUUUACGCCUACAAAGUGAUGAUGAUGAAGAAAUGGAUCAAAUUUAAAAGGGACUUUGAAAAUUUUAAGACUUCAUGCAUACCUUGGGAGAUGAAAAUAAAAGAAAUUGAAAGUCACUUUGGUUCUUCUGUAGCUUCAUAUUUUAUUUUCCUACGUUGGCUCUAUGGGAUCAACUUGGUUCUCUUUGGUUUAACUUUUGGACUGGUUGUCAUUCCAGAGGUGUUGAUGGGCCUGCCAUAUGGCAGCAUUCCUCGGAAGACUGUGCCAAGGGCAGAACAGCCGACUGCUAUGGAUUUUUCAGUGCUUUGGGAGUUUGGGGGUUAUAUAAAGUAUUCAGCUCUUUUCUAUGGAUACUACAGCAAUCAACGAAUGAUUGGUGUGUUCAAGUAUAGAUUACCCUUGUCUUAUUUCAUGGUUGGUGUGGGUUCCUUUGGAUACAGUCUCAUGGUUGUGAUCAGAACAAUGGCACGAAAUGCAAAUGAAAGUGGAGUUGAUGGAGAUGAUGGAGAUUUCAACUUUAGCUGGAAAAUGUUUACUAGUUGGGAUUAUCUAAUUGGAAAUCCCGAAACAGCUGAUAACAAGUUUGCAUCCAUUACAACCAGUUUUAAGGAAUCCAUUGUGGAUGAAGAGGAAAAUCAAAAAGAUGAAAAUAUUCACCUCAGGAGAUUUUUAGUUGUUUUGGCUAAUUUUCUUAUAUUUUGUUGUCUUGCUGGAAGUGGGUAUCUCAUUUUUUACGUUGUGAGAAAAUCCCAAACUUAUUCAACAAUAGAUACCUUAACCUGGUAUCAAAAAAAUGAGAUUGACAUAGUUAUGGCAUUGUUGGGAAUGUUUGUUCCUCCACUAUUUGAAACAAUUGCUGCUCUGGAAAAUUAUCAUCCCCGUAUUGCAUUGAAAUGGCAGCUGUGGCGAAUGUUUGCCCUUUUCCUUGGUAAUCUAUACACAUUUCUGCUGGCUCUUAUUGAUCAAGUCAAUGUGCAGUUGGCAGAGGAAGAAAGUAUAAAGAAUAAGACUUUAGCCAUGAUUAACUCCUUCAAUUUAACAUCUAACAAUUCAACCUCUGGAAAUAUUCCACAAAUAGAUCCUGCAGAUUUUCCCCGAGGGCCUUGCUGGGAGACUGGUGUUGGAAUGGAAUUUACAAAGCUUACUGUGUCUGACAUACUUGUAACUUAUGGAAGUAUAUUUGUUGGAGAUUUCCUUCGUGCCUUAUUUGUCAGAUUUGUUAACUACUGCUGGUGCUGGGAUCUGGAGUAUGGAUUUCCUUCAUAUACUGAAUUUGACAUCAGUGGAAAUGUUCUAGGACUUAUCUUCAAUCAAGGGAUGAUAUGGAUGGGCACCUUCUAUUCUCCUGGCUUAAUUGGCAUCAAUAUUCUACGGCUGUUGACAUCUAUGUACUUUCAGUGCUGGGCUGUUAUGUGUUGCAAUGUCCCUCAGUCAAGAGUUUUCAAGGCAUCGGGAUCUAAUAAUUUCUACAUGUCAUUAUUAUUGUUGAUUUUAUUCCUAAGUUUAUUGCCAGUAGUCUACACCAUAAUGACAUUUACCCCCUCAUUUGAUUGUGGGCCAUUCAGUGGGAAAGCUAAAAUGUUUGAGGUUAUCAUGGAAACAAUUGAGUAUGAUUUCCCAGCAUUUGUUGGAAAACUCUUCAGUUAUGCUUCAAAUCCAGGGCUGAUUCUUCCUGGGAUCUUACUGAUGGUCUUAGGCAUAUACUACCUUAAUGCCACCUCGAAAACUUAUAAAGCAGCAAAUCUGGAGCUAAAAAAGAAGAUGCAAAUGCAACGUGAAGAGCAAAAGAAUAGAAGGAACAAUAAAAACACUGUCAAUCCAAUGUUGCAAGAUUUAGAAGAUCUUUUACCAAAGGGAACAAAUCCUAGCAAACUUGAAACAGGGCCAGAUGCAAGUAAAAAAGUGGUUGAGAAACAACCCACUGCCACCAAUGGAGCCACAAGAGCCAAUGGAAAACACGGAAAGGAAAUGAUGCUGGCACCACCACCUCCACGAAUGGUAAUAACAAAAGCACCUAACCCGAGGCAACCACCACACCCACUAGGACAACCAAGAUCUGGAGCACCAGGUCCACGUCAGUACGGGCCUCCUCCUGGACAAUCAAGACGUUGA